AUGGGCUUGAUAAAUGACCACCGGUGGAAGGAUGUUCGAGCGCAAUUGCAUGCAUACUUUAGUCAUGGCGCUGUCGUUAAGUCUUGUGAUUUUCUCUCGGACUUCACGAUAGAUUAUUUUCGCCGCUUUGAAGACAAGGAAACCAACCCUACCAAGCUGCAAGCUGUUACGUCUUUCUCUCGCUUCCCUUUCUUAGCCACUGCUGAAUAUCUAUAUGGGCCUUUGACCGAGGCAGAAAAGGAUCAGCUUUGGACUUUGGGACAGCGAAGUCUUGCGAUGAUGGGCCAUGUUUUGGAAGGAGGGGUGUAUCGAUUCGGAAUUUGUCGUUGGCUAAAGCCGACGCAAUAUCGGCUGCUCAAAGAAUUUGAGAAAGACUGGACUGAAUUCAACGAGACUAUCGUGCAAGCGAGGAGAUCUCAAGGUGAGUCUCCCCCAGUCGUGGAAGCAUGGAGAGCAGUGGAUGAAAGCGUGGUCACCCAAAAGGAGAUGAUUCAAACAAUGAGUGAGAUGCUCUUUGCAAAUCUCGACGUGUCAACAAAUGUUCUGAGCUGGUUGAUCAUAUUCAUUGCGGAGGAGGCAAGCAUACAGCAGGAGCUCAGGCAAGAAAUACGAGCCAAUGCCAGUCUCGUGGAUAGUGUUUGUAAAAGCAAAGACUCGUUACUGCACCUUUGCUUAUUAGAGUCCAUUAGACUGCGGCCAUUCACUGCUUUUACAAUCCCGGAAUAUUCACCCAGGAGUAUUCUCUUGGGAGGGUUCACCAUUCCUCCAAAUACAAGCGUUGUGGUUGAUACAUUGGCAAUCAACUAUAACCCUCAAUUUUGGGGAAAGAACAGCACCCAAUUUAACCCUCAUCGACUAGAGAAGGUAUCCCCUACUGAUCUCCGAUAUAACUUAUUCACAUUCGGAUUUGGGUCGCGAAAAUGCCUAGGGAAACACUUUGCAGAGGCAAUGGUGAAGACAUUUGUCGCUGGGUUACUCUCUCGAUAUGAGAUUCGCAUUGAAAAUACUGCAGCUGAUGACAGGGAUAAAGUAAGGAAAAUUACAUGGGUGCCGCUCUCAGAUAUCGAGGUUAGGAUGACUCCUGUCAUCAAUUGA